GGUUUCCAUAGCGACCACUGAUGACAAAUGCCAACUAUUGUCAAAGUUUUUUGUGUUAUGUAUAACCUCAAACUAAGAAAAAAUAUUUAAAUUAAUAAAAUAUGACCACCAUUAACAAAAUUGGUCGCUUUUGGAGACGCAGUGUGAAGAAAUUUGGUAUGUAUGACAAAGUAUCACCUGUGGACACAACUCCAAGUCGGACAGUGCCAAACCAUAUAGAAAGACCAAAUUUUGUCAAAAAUAGUAAGCAAGUGACAGUGCCCUCCCUGCCUGAAAUCAAAGAUGAUAAUCAAUUGGAGGGGAUGAGAAGAAGCUGUAAGCUGGCAUCCAGCAUUCUUAAUCAACUACAUGAUUUUGUGCAGCCUGGUAUAACAACCGAUGAUAUAGAUGAAUUUAUUCACAACUUGAUCAUUGAAGCCGGUGCAUAUCCAUCACCUCUCCACUAUAAGGGUUUCACAAAAAGUAUUUGUACAUCAGUGAACAAUGUUGUUGUUCAUGGAAUACCUGAUUUGAGACCGCUAGAAAAUAGUGAUAUAGUCAAUGUGGAUAUCACAGUAUUUUCAAAAGGGUUUCAUGGAGAUUGCUCAAAGACCUUUCUGGUUGGAGAUGUUGACGAUAAGGGCAUACAACUAGUAAGCGUAACUGAAGAGUGUCUAGAUAUGGCAAUUAAUAUAUGCGGCCCAGAAGUCCCCUUUCGCGAAAUCGGAGCAAGGAUACAGAGACACGCUAAAAGUAAAGGUCUGACAGUGAUACCUGCUGUGAUUGGUCAUGGCAUUGGGGAAUAUUUUCACGGUCCACCAGACAUUUAUCAUUCAAGAAACAAAUAUCCAGGUGUGAUGAAGCCCGGCAUGACAUUCACAAUAGAGCCGGUCCUAACGCACGGCAACGAAAAUGUUGUUUUGCUCGAAGAUGGAUGGACAGUCGUCACAGAAGAUGGCUCGAGAGCAGCUCAAGUAGAACAUACAGUAAUGAUCACUGAAGACGGUGUACAAAUACUUACAAAAUAAACUGUGAUAAUAAGGGUUUAUUUAUUUAUUGUAUUAUAAAAGUAAUUUCUAGUAAUGUUAUAAUGCUGAAGCAGCUAAAAUAUAUAAUUUAUUAUAUUGACUCCACUAUUUAAAGAAAUAAAACCAGAAAAUAG